AUGGAGAAGCAUACAGAAUCAUCACCUAGAUUGCAGGUAGAACAUUCCUCCCUUUGGGUGGAGAACCUUAUUCUGCAGCCACAAGUGCAGCAUCUGACUGAGGAGAACACUACUCUGAGGGAUCAAGUCAUGCCUGCUCUGGCCACCCCAAUGAUGCCUUUACUCUGUUCACUUAAGAAUCUCUCCCAAUUUCGUGGUGACCCUGCCAAUAUCUCAGGGUUUCUUGCUCAGGUGACUAACUAUUUGACAACUCUCAAGAACACCAAUCCCAUACACGAUGACCAAGUCAAAUUCUUUUUUGACCACCUAUCUCAGCAGAUGGAAAGUUGUGGGAUGAUAUCUAGGUCUGAGCAGAGUGCUCUGUUGAAGCAAUAUGAAAACUUUGUUCUUGAGUUCCAGCAGUCAUUUGGUGAAUCCAAAAGACAGGAAAUGAACCCUCUGGUGAAUGCUAAGGUUGACGAAGAGGACAACUCCUCUCAACAGGAUGCUACUACUUUCCAGCCUCUUGCUCAAAAUCUGAGCUGUAAUGAAACCAAUGAGAGUGAUCACUUCCAAGAGGGCCUACCUGAACCCAUUCAGGAUGAAGUGAGUGGCACAGAUAUGAUGGACAACCUCCCAGACCUGAUCACUCAGUGUAUUCAGUUAGACAGAAAACAUAGUGACAAGCCAGAGCUCUUACAGUCAGAGGCUACGCUCCCAGUGUUGUCAUCACUGAUCCACUACCAAACCCUCUCCAGCCCCUCAUGUCCAUCAUCCAAGGAGCUUAUACAGCUUAGAGGAAGUCAGCCAUCUCUCACCCCUGCCAAACGAGCCCGCCAGCAAGAAACUCAGUUGUGCCUCUACUGUAGCCAAGCUGAUCACUUCACAAGAGAUUGCCUUGCAAAACGAUCUCGAGCUCCAGCAAGGAUAAAUAACCCAGCUCACCAGUAA